AUGGAUCGGAAAGUGCAAGACGCUGGGUGUGGUCGGAUGGUUCUGGUGGGGUUGGUCUUUGGUAUGGGGAUGUCGGCGGCGGCGGGGAUCUCUCGGCAUGAUGUGCCUUUGUCGUAUCACGCGGAGCUGGCGAUGGAGUCGAGGUUCCAGGCGGCGGGGUCGGUGAACUUUGGGGGCUCGGCGUUUGGAUCGGGGACGUUGAUUGCGCCGGGGUGGGUGCUCACGGCGGCGCACGGGACGGAGAUCACGACGGGGGAUCAGAUUCAGUUCACGAUUGGUGGACGGACGUAUCAGGGGGCGGAGUCGUUUGAGCAUCCGCUUUGGAUGGGGACGAGCCGAAUCAUGGAGGGGUAUGACCUGGCGCUGGUGCGGCUUGAGGAGAUGGUUGAGGGUGUGGAGCCGGCGGAGAUCUAUCGCGGCGGGAGUGUUGUUGGUCGGCAGGCGAUGCUUGUGGGCGCGGGGCUGACUGGGAACGGGUUUGGUGGGCAGGUUCCCGGAACGCUGGGGACGCUGCAUGCGGGACUCAACACGAUUGAUACGACGGCGGAUCAGUUGUCAUCGUUCCUGCCUGGCUUUGAGCUUUCGAGCAAUGGGUUGGUGAUUGACUUUGAUGGGCCGACGACUCCGGGGUUGAAUCGGAUCGGGUCUGCGGUGCCUCUGGCGCAGGAGUUUUUCCCGGGGCAGGGCGACAGCGGGGGUGCGUACUGGGUGGAGGAUACCGAUGGCGUGUGGAGACUCGCGAGUGUUCAGUCGUGGGGUACGACGAACGGGUUCGGGACGAACUUCGGGAUGUACGGCAAUAUGGCGAUCUCGGCGAAGCUGUAUGAGGACGUGGUGCUGGACUGGGUUGGAGCGACGGUGCCUGCUCCCGGUGUGAUUGGGGUGUUUGCGGUUGGUGAGGACGAUUUACUUGGCGAACGCGUCGGCGACUUUGGCGAUGGCGUCGCAGACGCCGUUGGCUUGUUCGUCGGUGAGGUUCUGGUGGAUGGGGAUGCAGAAGACGGUGCUUGCGAGUUUGACGGAGACUGGUACGCCGGACUCUUGGUUCGCAAGGUCGCUGAAGGCGGGUUGUUGGGUCAGCGGCUUGGGGUAGUGGACGGCGGUUGGGACGCCUUCUUUGUUGAGGGCGGCGCAGAACUCGUCUCUCGUGCAGGUCAGUGCAUCGAGAUCUACGCGGCAGGUGUAGAGGUUGGCGACGGCGCGGCGGCGGUCGGUUUCGGCGCCGAGGGUGUGGAGGUACUUGUCGGUUUCGCCGUGGGAGCGGAGGGCGCCGAUUGUGGUUGCGAGGUCUUCGUUGUUGACGGUUACCAUGCCACCUUCACCUGUUCCCAGGUUCUUGGUUGCGUAGAAGGAGUAGGUGCAUGCGUCUCCGAAUGCGCCGAUGCCUUUGUUGUUGUACUCGGCGAGGUGGGCCUGGGCGCAGUCGUAGAUGACUUUGAGGUUGUGCUUGUCGGCGAUUGCUUGGAUCGCGUCGAUGUCGACUGGGAUGCCGUAGAGGUGGGUGACGGCGAUCGCUUUGGUGUUUGGGGUGAUCUUCUUUUCGAUGUCGGCUGGGUCGGCUUGGUAGGAGUCUUCGAUGCAGUCGCAGAAGACGACCUUUGCGCCAGCGGCGACGAGCAUGGAGACGGUCGCGAUGUAGGUCCAUGCGGGGGCGAUGACUUCGUCACCACGUUCGAGGAGUGCGCCGUAGGCGAGUUGGAGAGCUGUGGUGCCGUUGGAGCAGGCGGCUCUGAGCAUCCCGGAUUCGAGGACUUCGUUUGCGGCGGCGAUGUCUUUUUUGGUAAGUCCUACGGCCAUGAAUGGGACUGGAGACUCAAGGACUGGGGUGCCGCCGUUGAUGGCGAGGAUUGGAUGCACGAAGUAGCAGCGCAUGAUGAGCAGGGCGAGCAACUGAAGUUCUGGCGGUUUUGCACGAUGGUGCUGUCGGCGUCGGAUGGCGAUCUGAUGUUCGUUAUCGAGGAUUCAGCGGGUGAUCGGGAGAAAGCAAUGAGAACAGUUCAGAAGAUCAUGGCGGUUGGAUUGGUUGGUUCCUUGAGCGCGACGGCGUUUGCUGGAGGAGCAUCGAUCUACGGCGGGUAUGGGUUUGAGAGUCCGGUGUUUACAGUCGGUUCUGUGGAUGGGCAGUUCGGGUGGACAUCCACUGGAGCGAUCACGCCUGUGGUUACGCAGUACAUGGCGCACACGGGUUUGCAAUCUUUGCACUUUGCUCAAGGGGUUGGGGACGCGGUAGCUGAGGUGCGGACUGAGUAUGGGAUCAACAAUGCUGGGUUUAUGGACAAUCCAGUUGCAUUGAUCGAGUUUGAUAUUUUGAUGCUUGAGGGACCUUCAACAGAUCUUGAGGGCGCGUUGUUCUUGAAUGUAUCUGGGAGUCAGGUUGCUGGGGGGGAUGAUCCGCUUGAUACGGUGGGGAUGAUUCGGUUCACGGGGCAGACUGGGAUCGGUUCAUCGGGGCAGACGGUUCGACUGGAUUACGGCGCCUGGUCGAGGAUUUCGAUCGAGGUUGAUUUGCUGAAUCGGAUGAGCGCGCUCUCGAUUGAUGGCAGCGAGUCGGUCGAUCUUGCUUGGGGUGGUGGACAGGUCUUUGAGAACACACUCGGCGGCUUGUUCUUCCAAGCGAUCAACGACAACGGCUUUGGUGGUCAGUUCUUCAUCGACAAUCUGUCGGUGAACGCGGUAGUGGAUGUCUACUCCACCUCUGCGGAAGUCGGAGUUCUGCAUGAGCUCGGCGUGGAGUGGGAUGGUUGUUUUGAUUGGUCCGACCUCGAACUCGUUGAGGGCGCGGAGUGCUCUGGUGAUCGCGGCUUCUCUGUUCUCGGCGUGGACGAUGAGUUUGCCGAUCAUGGAAUCGUAGUUUGGUGGGACGCGGUAUCCGGCGCAGACAUGGGUGUCCAUGCGGACUCCGAGUCCUCCGGGUGCUUGGUAGGUCUCGAUGAGUCCUGCGGAGGGCAUGAAGUUUUUGGUGUGGUCUUCGGCGUUGAUGCGGCACUCGAUCGCGUGGCCGUUGACCUGGAUGUCUUUUUGCUUGUAGGGGAGUUUCUCUCCCGCAGCGACUUGGAUGGAGGCUUUGACGAUGUCGACGCCGGUGAUCAUCUCGGUGAUGGGGUGCUCGACCUGCACGCGGGUGUUGACCUCGAGCAUGUAGAAGUUCUGAUCUCCAUCCAUGAGGAACUCAACGGUCGCGGCGCCGGCGUAGUCGGCGGACUUGAUGAGUUUGGCGGCGGCUUCGCAGACUUUCUCGAUUUUCUUGCGUUCGAUGAGUGGGCCGGGCGCUUCUUCGAUGACCUUCUGGUGACGGCGCUGCAUGGAGCAGUCGCGUUCCCAGAGGUGGAUCGCGUUGCCGUGUUUGUCACCGAUGCAUUGGACCUCGACAUGGCGUGCGUGUUCGAGGAAUUUUUCGAUGAACACAGCGCCGUUUCCGAAUGCGGCUUGCGCUUCUUGCUGUGCUUUGGAGAUGUUGGUGCGGAGGGUCGCUUCGUUGCGGCAGAUGCGCAUUCCUCGGCCACCACCACCUGCGGCGGCUUUGAUGAUGACGGGGUAUCCGAUCUCAGCGGCGACUUCGACCGCUUCUUCGACUUCUUCGAUCGCGCCUUCGGAACCUGGGAAGACGGGGACCUUGGCGGCGCGGGCGUAGCGUUUGGCUUCGACCUUGUCUCCGAGCUUGCCCAUCGCUUCUGGGGAUGGUCCGAUGAACUCGAUCUUGCAUUCACGGCAGAUCUCGGAGAAGUCGGCGCGCUCGGAGAGGAAUCCAUAUCCCGGAUGGAUCGCGUCGACAUCAGCGAGUUCUGCGGCGGAGAUGAUGCGAGAGAUGUUGAGGUAGGAAUCUUUCGAGGGACCAGGUCCGAUGCAGAUGGUUUCGUCGGCGUGCUUGAGGUACGGCGCGUCUUUGUCGGCGGUGGAGUAGACGCAGACGGUUUCGAUAUCGAGUUCUUUGCAGGCCCGCAUGAUGCGGAGGGCGAUCUCGCCUCGGUUUGCGAUGAGCACGCGUUGGAACAUGGGGAAGAGUGGUUGUCCGAACUCGACGGCGUCGCCGUCGUUGACGCACAUUUUGGCGAUGACGACGGAGUCUGGUCCGACCUGGUCACCCACAUUCACGAAGACUGGGGACUCUGGAUUGGGUUUGGUAUAGAAGGUUCCGACCAUCGGGGAUUCGAUCGGGAUGAGUCCGGCAUCGGUGUCUGCGGAUCCGGCAUCGCUUGCUUCUGCAGCUGGAGCGGCUGCAGCGGCGGGCGCUGCUGCGGGUGCGGCGGCUGGGGCGUGGUAGAUGACGGGCUCGUUCUCGUUGCCUCGCUUGAUGGUGACGGUUUCGGAUUGGUCGCGGAGGUCGAGUUCGGAGAGUUCGUUUUCGACCAUGAGUUUGACGAGUUCUUUGAGUUUGCGGGUGACAUGCGAUUGGGGAUGUGGGUGGUUGUUGGGGGGAUGGUUGUGGUAUGGGCGUUCGUUUGCGGCGCGGUGUUGCUCGGCGCGUUGGGGGCUGUUGACGCGGAAGCGGUCUCGGAAGGCAUCGGAUUGAUGCGCCGGAGUGGGCUGGGGCUCAUCACGCGAACGACUUUGAUCGCGGGCGGGAUCGCGUUGUUGUCGCUGGUGUUUGGGGUUCCGAUGGCGCGGGUGUUGAUGGGGUGUCGGAAGCGGUGGGUGUGGGCGCUGGUGCUGGUUCCGAUGUGGAUGCCGAGCUAUGCGAUCUAUGGGGCGAUGAAUCUGGCGCGUGCGCCGGAUACUUUGGUGGGGGGGUGGUUGAUCGAAUGGUCGACGAGUGGAGAGGGGAAUCGAUGGAUAACGAUCUGGGCGGGGUACGCGAUCGGUGUGCUCGGGAUGGCGCUGUGGGGAUCGGUGAUCGCGGCGGUGGUGAUCGCGGGAAGCAGCACACGCGUGUUGAUUCAUCAGGACAUGAUGGAUCUGGAGCCUGCGGGAUUGAUGGCACGCGCGAAGGUGUGGGUCGGGUUGCAUCGCGGGGCGCUGGUGCGUGCUUGGGGAUUGACGGGAUUGGUGAUGCUCGGGAGCGGGGUCCCGAUGCAUCUGGCGCAGCUGGAGACCUGGUCGAUUGUGGUCUGGCGCGAGCUGGCGCAGCGCGGCUCUGAUGAGUGGGGGGUGGUGUGGGUGCUGGGAUCUCCGAUGGUGUUGAUCGGUGUGCUGGGCGCGUGGUGGGUGACGCGGGUGGUGGUGCGCGGCGCGACAGGGCGCGCGAUGGUGGGGACUGGUGUGGAGCGGGUGUCGAGACGGAGCGGAGGUUGGGUGUUUGCGGUGGUGGUUUGGGUGUGUGCCGUGGUUGUUCCGAUGGUGGUGCUUGGGGUGUCGAUUGAUGAUUGGCGUUCGAUGGGGUUGUUCUGGAACGAGCGUGGCGAUGCGAUCGCGCAUUCGGUAUGGAUUGGGUGUGUGGUUGGUGCGAUCUGUGUGGGGUACGCGAUGGGGGUUGCGUGUUUGCUUGGGGACGCGAGCAAGUUUGUGCGCGGUGUUGGUGUGCUCUGCGUAUUCGGCGCGUCGGCGACGGCGCUGGUUCCUGGGGUGCUGGUGGGUGCAUCGGUGGCGGGGGUUGAGUGGUUACAUGGUGGAUUGGGUGAGGUGGUCGGGUUGCUUGCGCGUGUGCUUGUGGUCAGCGCGGUGAUGGGCGCGGUGCUCGCGGGGCGCGAGCGCGGGGAGUUGUUGUCGCAGCGAUGGUCGCUUGGUGGGGGGGUGGGCGCGUGGUGGAACACGCACGGGCGAGGAUGUAUGGUCGCGAGUGCGGGAGCAGGGGUGCUGUGCGGCUUGCUCGCGGUCCAUGAGAUCGAAGCGAGCGUGAUGAUCACACGAGCGGGGGUAUCAACAUUGUCACAGGGACUGCUCGCGGAUCUGCAUUAUGCGCGGCUGGAACGGUUGUCGGCGGCGCUGCUCAAUAUCAUGAUGGUCGCGCUGGUGAUUUCGAUCAUCGGCGUCGCGCUGCUUGCUGGCGCGGUGGUCUUGGGUGGUUGCGGCGAGGGAGCGGUGACGGAUGAGUCGGGACGCUUGGUUGAUCCGAUCGUGCUUGGUGAAACAGGGACGCAUCCGGGACAGUUUGUGUAUCCGCGCGCGAUGGAUGUGUAUUUGGAGCGACAGCCGGCGAUCGCGGUGGUGAUUGAUAAGACGGCGCGCAUGCAGACGAUUGAUCUUGAGACUGGGGAGCAGAUCGGUGAGGUGUUGAUGCCGAUCUUUGAUCGCGGGAUGCCGACGGGGGUGUCGGUGGGGGUGCACCUGUUUGAGAAGGAUCAGCUCGCGGCGUAUGUCGCGGACACGCAUGAGCAUCGCGUGCUGAUGUAUGGAUUGCCUUUGGAUGGGAGCGGGCCGGACUUUGAGUUUGGGGUGUACGGCGAGGGGGAGGGGGAGUUUAUUUAUCCGACGGAUGUGAUCGUGCGCGCGGACGAGGAUGGGGUGUAUGAGCUGAUGAUCAGCGAGUACGGCGGGAACGAUCGGGUCUCGCGGUAUCUGGUUGAGCGGGGCAGUGAUGGGGAUGGGGUGCAGCUCGUCUGGAAUGGUCAGAUCGGGACGGCGUCGGAGACGGUGGAUGGGUCGGAUGGGGAGGUGGCGUUGUCGCGUCCGCAGUCGAUCGGGCUGUGGAUGAACGAUGGGGUGGAGGAGCUGGUGGUGGUGGAUGCGGCGCACCAUCGCGUCGGGCGCGUGGGAUUGGAUGGGGAGUUGAUCGCGUGGUAUGCGUCGGAUCAUGAUCCGGACUUUGCGCCGAUGAAGUUUCCGUACGGGGUCAAGGUCUUUGGCUCGAUCGGGUUGAUCAGCGAGUUUGGUGGCAAUGUUGUGCGGAUGAUCGAUUUGAAAACAGGGAAGACGCUUGAGCUGUUUGGCGUUGCGGGUCGUGGGGAUGGGGAGCUGGCGACACCUUGGGCGAGUGGGAUCUGGGAUAACCGGCUGGUGAUCUUGGAUUCGGGGCGGGUAAUUGUGAUGCUUGCUUCAUUGCAACUCGGACCGAUUCAGUUUGAUCAGCCGAUGAUGCUGGUGCUGCUGGCGGUGUGUGUGCCUUUGACGGUUUUCCUAGCGCGCAAGAGUUUGGCGGGGCUCGGGAAGUCGUCGCGGAUCGCGGCGCUGGUGAUCCGCGUGAUUGCGCUGGUGCUGGUGAUCUCGGCGCUGGCGCGUCCGUCGUAUAGAGAUGAAGCGACGGCGGUUGGGGUGACGGUGAUUAAUGAUGUGUCGCGUUCGAUUCCUUCGAGUGUGCAGCCGCGGGUGGACACGUUUGUGGAGCUGGCGCAGGAGGGGUCGCGGCAGCCGGAUGACAAGCUUGGGGUGAUCACAGCCGCGCGGGACUCGAUCGUGCAGGCGUCUCCGAGCAAGUUUGUGCGCGGGAUCGAGCGGCAGUUUAUUGGGGACACGGAAGCGACGAACCUUGCGUCAGCGGUCAAUCAGGCGAUCGCGAACUCCGCGACGGACGCGGCGGCGCGGAUCGUGCUGGUGACGGACGCGAACGAGACGGAGGGGUCGCUCUUCCAAGCGGCGCAGCAGGCGAAGGCGGCGGGGAUCCCGAUUGAUGUGCUCCCGGUGGAGUUUGAGUACGCGGAAGAGAUCAUGGUCGAGGGGGUGCAAGCGCCGGCGAACACGCGCGUUGGUGAAACGAUCGCGCUCAAGGUUGUUUUGACGAGCACGACUCCGGCGGUGGGUCGGUUGAUGGUGUCGCGCGGCGGGACUCCGAUUGAUCUGGAUCCGGCGCCGGAUGAGCUUGGGUACUACGCGGAGCUCAAGAAGGGUCGGAAUGUGAUUCGUGUUCCGAUCGCGGUGAAUCAGCCGGGACCUCAGCUGUACGACGCGGUGUUUGAGCCGAUCGCUUCAUUGAAUGAUGAUGGGACUGUGGGGACGACGAUCGGGGACUCGCUCCGACAGAACAACAACGGAUCGGUGAUUACCUUUGUGGGCAGCGAGGGGUUGGUGCUUGUGGUCGCGGAGGAUCCACGCGAGGCGGUGCGGAUCGAGGAUGCGCUGCACGCGGCGGAGCUGGAGACCAAGCGGAUCACGGCGGCGGAGUUUCCGGGGAGUCUUCCCGAGCUGGCGUCGUAUGAAGCGGUGGUGAUGAUCAAUCAGUCGGCGUACUCGUUCGCGGAGACGCAGCAGGAGAUGAUGCGCCAGUAUGUGCAUGACACGGGGGGCGGGAUCGUGAUGAUCGGUGGUCCCGAGUCGUUUGGCGCGGGGGGGUGGAUCGGAUCGCCUCUGGCAGAUGCGCUUCCGAUUCGGCUUGAUCCUCCUCAGAAACGACAGAUGCCUCGCGGGGCGCUGGCGCUGGUGGUGCACUCGGUUGAGAUUCCCAAGGGGGUGUUCUACGGCAAGCAGAUCUGUAAUGCGGCUGCGGAUGCGUUGUCGCGCUUGGAUCUGAUCGGGAUCGUGGAGUAUCAGGGAUUGGGCGGGACGGACUGGGUGUAUCCGAUUUCACCUGUCGGGGAUCGCUCGGCGGUUCGUCAGGCGAUUAACAAUCUGCAGUUCGGGGAUAUGCCGAGCUUUGAUCCGUCGUUGCAGCUGGCGCUUGCGGGGUUGCAGCAGGCGCAGGCGGGACAGAAGCACUGCAUCGUGAUCAGCGAUGGAGAUCCGUCGUUGUCGCGGAGUUUAUUGCGUCAGUUCAAGCAGUCGGGGAUCACGAUCUCCGCGGUUGGUGUGAAUCCGCACUCGGCGGGGGAUACGAACACGCUUCGCACGAUGGCGCAGAUGACUGGUGGGACGUAUUACAACGUGAGUAAUAAUGCGCUCGCGACGCUGCCUCAGAUCUUUAUAAAGGAGGCGCAGACUAUUCGUAGAGCGCUGAUCUGGGAGGGGCAGGCGUUCAGUCCAUCGCGGACGGGGGUUCCGACGGAAACGAUGCGUGGGAUCAACGCGGUCCCUGCGAUUCAGGGGUAUGUGGUCGCGGCGGAGCGUGAGGGGUUGUCGCUGGUGACGCUUCGCGGGAAGGAAGAGGACCCGAUCGCGGCGCAGUGGCAGUAUGGGCUCGGGAAGGUUGUGACGUUUACGAGUGAUGUGUCGUCGCGCUGGUCUCCCGCUUGGGUGGGGUGGAGUGGGUUCAACCAGUUCUGGGAGCAGCAUGUGCGCUGGGCGAUGCGUCCCGGCGGGGAGUCGACGCUGCGCGUGACGACGGAGAACACAGGGGAGCGGACGCGCGUGGUGGUCGAGGCGUUUGAUCCAAGCGGGGAGCGGAUGGACUUUGCGAACUUCAGGGCGCGUGCUUCGACUCCGGACGGGGUGGGGGAGAUUGUGGAGCUGCGCCAGGUUGGGCCUGGUCGGUACGAGGGGGACUUUGAUUCUUCGAAGCCCGGCUCGUAUGUCGUGAAUAUGCAGUACCGAGCGGCAUCUCAGGCAGAGGGUGAGGAGGGGCGUGUGCUUGAGGGCAGUGCGCAGGCGGCGGUGAUCCGGCCGUUUGCGGAUGAGUACAAGUCGCUGAAAACGAAUCUGCCUUUGCUGAGACAGGUGGCGUCGAUUACUGGCGGACGGAUGCUUGAUGCGAGUGAUCCGUCGGGGUCGGAUCUGUGGUCGCGCGAGGGGCUGACGAUGCCUGUGGCGCUGACCCCGAUCUGGAUGGUGGUGGCGAUCAUCGGAAUCGCGAUCUUCUUGAUGGAUGUCGCGGUGCGGAGAGUACGGAUCGAUCCGCGCGCGAUCGCGGCGUUCGUAAGGCGCGGGGCGCACAAGGAAACCGAUCGCUCGAUGGACGCGACGGCGGCGAUGCGCGCGGCGCGUGUGCGGACGGAAUCACGAACGGGGGAUGAUCGGAAGCAGUCCGCUCGUAAGUUCGAGGCGGAUCAGACGGUGCAGAUCCAGGAUGGUCCGGUGGCGUUGUCUGGACAAGAAGAAACUGGUGGGCCUGCAAUCGGUAAACCUAAGAAGGUGGAAUCGAAGGAAGACGAGACGAUGGAUGCGCUCAGUGCGCUGCGGGCGGCGAAGAAGCGGGCGCGGGAUGAGUAUGACGGGCAGGAAUAG